UUGGUCGCCUCCGGAGGCACCGUAAUCGCGGUCCAGAAGGAAGGAGCCCGUCUCUGCGAGGAGCUGUGAUGGUGUUGAGUUUGCGGCGGGAGCCGACCGAGACGCGGCGGUCGCGGCCAUGAAGGUUUAACAUUGGGGGCCGCGACCUAAAGCGCUAGCAAACUGGAUGUGUCUGCAUCGCCAGUAGGUUACGCAGCAAGUAAUUUGACAGCUUGAGUUCUUCAAGGCGGGUGCCACAUCUAUGUGGGCUUCAUGCUGUGGACUGCUGAAUGAAGUCAUGGGAACCGGAGCUGUCAGGGGCCAGCAGGCAGGAUUCGCCGGAAGUACCGGUCCAUUCAGAUUUACGCCAAACUCUGAUUUUUCCACUACUUACCCACCAGCACCUACAGAAGGGCCUAAUAUAGUUUGCAAAGCCUGUGGACUUUCAUUUUCAGUCUUCAGAAAGAAGCACAUAUGUUGUGACUGCAAGAAGGAUUUUUGCUCCGUUUGCUCAGUCUUACAAGAAAAUCUUCGUAGAUGUUCCACCUGCCACUUAUUACAAGAGACGGCCUUUCAGCGCCCUCAGUUAAUGCGACUGAAAGUGAAGGAUCUGCGGCAAUAUCUCAUUCUUAGAAACAUACCCAUUGAUACCUGUCGAGAGAAAGAAGACUUGGUAGAUUUAGUGCUGUGCCACCAUGGGCUGGGCUCUGAGGAUGACCUGGACACCAGCAGUCUGAAUUCCUCAAGGUCCCAGAAUUCUAGUUUUUUUACACAUUCAUUUUUUUCAAACUAUACAGCACCCUCUGCUACCAUGUCUUCAUUUCAGGGAGAACUAAUGGGUAGAGACCGGACUUUAGGAUCUGGAGCCUUGGCACAGGUACAAAGUGAAACAGCAUCAGCAAACACAGAUGAUGAUGACGAUGACGAUGAUGAUGAUGACGACGAAGAAGACAACUUGGAGGAACAGGCACCUGGCAUCUCCAAGAAGAGACUGAGAGCUUCGCUCUCUGACCUGUCAAGUCUUGAAGAUGUGGAAGGGAUGAGCGUGCGCCAGCUGAAGGAAAUCCUGGCUCGGAAUUUUGUCAACUAUUCUGGCUGUUGUGAAAAAUGGGAGCUGGUAGAGAAAGUAAACCGCUUAUACAAAGAGAAUGAAGAAAACCAAAAGUCAUAUGGCGAGCGGCUGCAGCUGCAGGAAGAGGAAGAUGACAGCCUGUGCCGGAUCUGCAUGGAUGCUGUCAUCGACUGUGUCCUGCUCGAGUGUGGGCACAUGGUCACCUGCACCAAGUGCGGCAAGCGCAUGAGUGAGUGUCCCAUCUGCCGACAAUAUGUGGUGCGCGCUGUGCACGUGUUCAAGUCCUGAAGUAGAUGCUCUCCCCGAUAGGACAUUCGCCCCCAAGCUUGAACCCAGACAUUUCCGUGCACAGAAGGGACUGGAAACUUACUGUUCAAAAGUUGAAGUUAUUUUUUAAAAUUAUUUUCACUACUAACUGGGAACAAAGAUUCAUCAUAAGUUACGGCAACAUUGGUCCGUGCCAUAUGCCUGUCAGCCUGUGGACAUGCUGUUUCCCAGGUUCAGCCCGGCUUCAUCACACGUCUGUGAUCAGUAACUGCUGAUGGCAUCAGCUACUCUCCCUUUGGAGGACAUUUAUCUUCUCUUCUCCGUUCUCCUGUUUUUAGCUUAAACUACUCAGAUGUUUGAAACUUCUGUUUGGAUGAGAUCACUGUCCACAACUGACCAACAUGGUACAUGCUGAGCAGUGGUACCUCUGAAUGUUCACUUUAUUAGUCAUGGAUAUUUUAAAUGCUACUAUUUGAUGAAUGUAAGUUUCCACAUUGUUGCUAUUUCUGAAUUUAAACUUCAUUGAGAACACUGACAUUCUUCUAUAUAGUCAACUGCCAGGGCCUUAGAGACUAAUAACAUGUCCAUUUCUGUUCAGGUACAGCUUUUUAUAGCAAGGGCUGCAUCUAGCUUCUUCACUAGAAAAAAGUGUGUGUUAAAUUCUUUACUAAUGUGUAAUUGGUUUACACUGUUUUGUAUAGUGAAAGUGUAUUUUCAGUGCUACUGCUAGCUAAUUUGAACUUUAGGAAUAAAAUUAGAUUUUCAAAAAUGCU